GGUAACUUUAUCAUUUUAACACACAACACAGAAUCAGGGAAAGGGCAGGGAAAAAGAGAAAAAAAACCCAGAAACCGAAGAAAGAAAAGAAAACGAGAAAAAUAAGAGGAAGAAAAAAAUAAAAAAAUAAUUAAGAAAACAAAGAAGAGGUGACUCGAUCUACUCUCUAUCAAAGCUUUGAUCUUCUGUUUUAAAGAUAUUUGAUUUGAUAUACAUGCCAACACAGUUCGUGGUUGGAUAAUGGCUGUUGAGGCUCCUGCCAAACAUGUUUAUGAUUUUGAUGAUGACGAUGAUGAUGGGCCUGUAGUGUUCAAGAGGAAUAAUACCUCAUCCUCUAAGCAGAAUCAGUUAAACUCGGAAGUAAAGAAGGCAUCGUCUCAAAGGUCUGACGGGCAAUCUGGGAGGCAGGUCUCUGAUGUACGAUCUCCCAACGGUCAAAGUUCCAAUGCCCCAAAGAAUAAGUCAAUCUCAUCUUCUAAGUCACCUCCAGUGAAAUCACCUAUAUUGAGCCCAAAAGCAUCAACUUCAUCUACGAAGGCCUUACCAGUGAAGUCACCAGUGGUGAAUUUUAAGGCAUCAACUUCAUUAAAUGAUCAGUCAAAACAAGCAUUGAAGCAGAAUAUGACUACUGCUGUCAAGGAAGGGAGAAGUCCAAUUAAAGGUACCACUGAACCAAACAGUGAUGAUGAUGAUGAUUCAUUACCUCUGAGUGCCAGGCUUAAGGGGAUCUCAAACCAGGGCAACAAAGGGGCUAGCACUUCUGCUCCUGCCCAGUCACGGCGAUUGGUACCAAAGACUGAGGUGAAAGUGUCUGCCGAAGAUCCUGAUGAUGAAUCUCCUUUGUCGGCGAGGUUUAACGUGAAGUCCAAUACUGGGACAUCAAGUAGUAGGCUCCAUGACUGUGAUGAGAAGAAACCUCUGGCUUCUAAAAUUCAGCAGAAUGGUUCCAUCAUGAAGGGCAAGCAGCAAAAUUCUUCUACGCUGUCGGGUAAGAGACCUCUUGAUAAGGGCAAUUCCUCAGAUCACUCUUCUGCUAAAAAGCCAAAGACUUCAGAUGCACCUACAACAAUGAAAACCAAGCAAGUAACAGUGAAAGCAGAAAAGGCUGAUGAAGAUGAUGAUCAUAUGCCAAUUGCCCAGCGAAUGAAAAAGUCAACUGCAUCGAACAGUAAAUUGUCGUCUAUGAAGCAAAAAACGACCAAGGUUGUAUCUUCUUCAUUUAAAAAGAUAAAUAAAAAGUCGAAGAAAGAGAUGAAAAGCUCUAAAUAUAUUAAGUCAACGAAGGUGCCACCUAGUUCCGGUGAUGGGCAGAAAAAGUGGAGUACCUUGGUUCACAAUGGUGUCAUUUUUCCAUCUCCGUAUACGCCUCAUGGGGUUAAGAUGCUGUAUGAUGGGCGGCCAGUUGAUUUGACUCCUGAACAAGAGGAGGUUGCAACAAUGUUUGCAGUGAUGAAAGAUACAGAUUACAUGAGUAAAACACAGUUCAAGAAGAAUUUCUGGGAGGAUUGGAGUAAGUUACUGGGGAAAAACCAUACAAUUAAGGACUUGGACAGAUGUGAUUUCACUCCAAUAUAUGAAUGGCAUUUGCAGGAGAAAGAGAAGAAGAAACAGAUGAGUUCUGAAGAGAAGAAGGCUUUGAAAGAAGAGAAGUUGAAGCAGGAGGAAAAGUUUAUGUGGGCGAUUGUUGAUGGCGUCAAGGAAAAGGUAGGAAAUUUCAGAGUUGAACCACCUGGGCUUUUCCGAGGUCGGGGGGAGCAUCCAAAGAUGGGAAAGUUGAAAAGACGUAUUCGUCCAAGUGACAUUACCAUUAAUAUUGGAAAAGAUGCCCCAAUUCCGGAAUGUCCAAUCCCUGGUGAAAGAUGGAAAGAUAUUAAACAUGACAAUACUGUGACAUGGUUAGCUUUCUGGAAUGAUCCCAUUAAUCCAAAAGAAUUCAAAUACGUAUUUUUGGCCGCUAGUAGUUCUUUGAAGGGGCAAAGUGACAAGGAAAAAUAUGAGAAAGCAAGGAUGCUGAAGGAUUAUAUCAAGAACAUCAGAGCUGCAUAUACCAAGGAUUUUACAACUAAAGAUGUCAUGAAGCGGCAAAUAGCAGUUGCUACCUAUCUUAUUGAUAAAUUAGCUCUUAGGGCGGGUAAUGAGAAGGAUGAUGAUGAAGCUGAUACUGUUGGUUGCUGCACACUUAAAGUAGGGAAUGUGGAAUGUAUUCCUCCAAAUAAAUUGAAGUUUGACUUCCUUGGUAAAGAUUCAAUUCAAUAUGUGAACACGGUUGAGGUUGAGCUUCCCGUAUACAAGGCCAUUGGACAGUUUCAAACUGGGAAAAGCAAAAGUGAUGAUCUUUUUGACAAGCUUGAUACUAGUAAACUAAAUGCUCAUUUGAAGGAACUCAUGCCUGGGCUUACAGCAAAAGUCUUCCGUACCUAUAAUGCUUCUAUUACAUUGGAUGAGAUGUUGAAUAAAGAAACCAAAGAUGGGGAUGUGGCAGAAAAAGUAGUGGUUUAUCAGCGUGCAAACAAAGAGGUUGCAAUCAUUUGUAAUCAUCAGCGUAGUAUUUCAAAAUCUCAUAGUGCACAAAUGUCAAGGUUGACUGAGAAAAUAACAGAACUCAAGGGUGUUCUAAAGGAGCUAAAAAUUGAUUUGGACAGGGCUAAGAAAGGGAAGCCCCCAUUGAAGGAUGCUGAUGGGAAGCAGAAGAGGAACUUGACCCCACAAGCGAUACAGAAAAAGAUAGAUCAAACAAAUGCGAAGAUUGAGAAGAUGGAACGGGACAUGCAGACUAAAGAGGAUCUAAAAACCGUGGCAUUGGGCACGUCCAAAAUCAAUUACCUUGACCCUAGGAUUACAGUUGCAUGGUGCAAGCGGCAUGAAGUUCCCAUUGAGAAGAUAUUCAACAAGUCUCUUCUGGCAAAGUUUGCUUGGGCAAUGGAUGUGGAUCCUGAUUUCAGAUUCUGAUGGAAAAUCCCCAAUGAAACCCUGGUUGGUGCCGUGAAAUUCUUCCACCACCGGCCGGCCGGGGCCCUAGGACAAAAUGGGGACAAAGGAAAAACCAACCCCUCUUCUUCAAUUAUCAUCCAUUUUUCGAUCAAAGUUAUUUACAAUUUUUUUCUCUUUUUUUUUUUUAUUUUCUGUUUCAGCCGGAAAUUCAUGUUAUAUGUCAAUCUAAUCUAAUCAAGGGCUGCUCGGCCCAUUUCUUUUUCCCAUUUCAAACUGUUCCAUGUUGGUAAAAAGAGUUGCAACAGAAAAUUGUUUGCUGUAUAACUUUGAACAUUCCUUACUAACUGUCAAAUGUUGAGAUACAUUGAAGAAUGGUUCAAAAACAGAGUUAAUUUUUA